GCCGCGAGCGCGUGUCAGUGUCCGUUGGGCUGUCGGUCGCGCCGCAACAGACCUCGACGUUUUGCGCGCGAGUGCGCGACAGUGGUGAAUUCGUCGGAGAUAUCGGCGCCGAGAUCGUUUGCUGUUUUCACCCGACGAUGACAUCUCGAGCUUGUUGCUCGUGCGCGCGCUGAAUUACGAUUGAAGCAUCGAUCCGUUGUGCGCGCGCGUGCUACGCUCGGCCGUGGAAAUGAAGCUGGAGUGACGAAUCACGACGCUCAGCAGAAGAGAAGAAAAACAGCAACAUGGUGUAUCACUGGCAAAGUCAGAAUGUCAAAGUCUCCGGGGUGGACGACAUGGUGCUGCUAUCGGUGGUCACCGAGGACGCUAUCAUGGAGAACCUCAAGAAACGAUACAUGGAUGAUUACAUAUUCACAUGCAUCGGCCCCGUACUGGUGUCAAUUAACCCCUUCAAACAGAUGCCGUAUUUCGGCGAGAAAGAAAUUGAAAUCUACGAGGGUGCGGCACCUUACGAAAAUCCACCUCAUGUGUACGGCCUCGCCGACGAGAUGUACCGCAACAUGCUGAUCGACGACGAGAGCCAGUGCGUGAUAAUAAGCGGCGAAUCCGGAGCGGGUAAAACGAUAGCGGCCAAGUACAUAAUGUCUUACGUGGCGCGCAUAAGCGGCGGCGGCGAGAACGUUAGAAGGGUGAAGGACGUGAUACUCGAGUCCAAUCCGCUCCUCGAGGCCUUUGGCAAUGCGAAAACCGUCAGGAAUAACAAUAGCAGUCGAUUCGGUAAAUACGUUGAAAUGCAAUUUGGUUCUGGAGGACAGCCAAGUGGUGGGAAAAUAUCGAAUUUUCUGUUGGAAAAGUCGAGGGUCACGCGCCACAGUCCGGGAGAGAGAAAUUUUCACAUAUUUUAUCAGUUAGUUACUGGAGCUAAUUCCCAACUAAAAUCCGAUUUUGGACUUGAGGAAUUAGAUUAUUAUGAUUAUUUGAAGUGUGGCGGAAACCACAAAGUCGACGGAACAAAUGAUGCUCGAGAUUUUCAAGAUACGCUGAAAGCGUUGAAAACGAUGGGAAUAGCCGAUUCUGAAUCAACGGAUAUCCUGAGGUUAGUCGCUGGAAUUUUACACAUAGGGAAUAUACAAUUCUCCGAGAAAGGAAAUUAUUCUCAAGUCGCCGAUAAAGACUAUCUUGACUUCCCGGCAUUUCUGCUUGGCAUCUCGCCAGAACAGUUGUCGCACAAAUUGACCUCCCGCGAGUUCGAGUCCAAAUGGGGAAGUCAAUCGGAAAGCGUCGACCUCACCCUCAACGUCGAACAGGCGCUUUACGCCCGAGAUGCACUAGCCAAGGACAUUUACGCAAGGCUCUUCGAUUAUUUGGUCAAGAAAAUCAAUGCUGCUAUGGAAACUACUCAGCAAGGACUAGAAAUCGGUAUUCUGGAUAUCUACGGAUUCGAGAUAUUCCAGAAAAAUGGCUUCGAGCAGUUUUGCAUUAAUUUCGUCAACGAGAAACUACAACAGAUUUUCAUCGAGUUAACGCUCAAAGCUGAACAGGAGGAAUACGUCUCGGAGAACAUCAAAUGGACGCCCAUCGACUACUUCAACAAUGCCGUGGUGGUCGAUCUGCUCGAGGGCAAACGGCCGCCGGGCCUCUUUCUCGUCCUCGACGACGUCUGCGCUACUCUGCACGCCGGCAGCACCGGCGCCGACGCCGACUUGCAGAAGAACAUCACGGCGUCCGCCAACAGCCACGCGCACUUCCAGCCGACGAGCGACGGUUUCGCUGUGCUGCAUUACGCCGGCAGCGUGUCCUACGCCGUGGACGGCUUCUGCGACAAAAAUCGCGACGUUCUGUUCCUCGACCUCGUCGAGCUCAUGCAGGCGAGCACCAACUCGCUGGUGCGCGAUAUCUAUCCGCAAGAGAAGGAGGCCGCCAAAACGAAAACCAUCAAGUGCAAGCCAACGACUGCGGGCAGCAAGAUACGCAGUCAAGCGUCGAGGCUCGUCAGCCAAUUGAUGCGAUGUACCCCGCACUACAUUCGAUGCAUCAAACCUAACGAGACCAAGAGGCCCCGGGACUGGGAUCACGUUAGAGUUCGACACCAGGUGGAGUAUCUGGGACUGAAGGAGAACAUCCGCGUGCGGCGCGCGGGGUUCGCCUACCGACGCACGUUCGCGCGCUUCCUGCAUCGCUACGCGAUCCUGACGAAGGAGACGUGGCCGGCGUGGCGCGGGGGCGACGAGCGGCGCGGCGUCGAGUGGAUCCUGGCGAGCGCCUGCAUCGAUCCCGGACAGUACCAGCUCGGGCGCACGAAGCUGUUCGUGAAGGCGCCCGAAAGCCUGUUCAUGCUGGAGGAGCUGCGCGACAGGAAGUACAACAAGCACGCGCGGGUCAUCCAGCAGGCCUUCAGGAAGUACUUCGCGAAGAAGCGACAGGCGGCGCGCAAGGACGAGGCGGCGAACCUGCUCUACGGCCACAAGCAGCGCCGCGGCGGCAGCCUGAACCGCAACUUCGUCGGCGACUACAUCGGCCUCGACACCAAGCCCAAGCUCGCCGCGCUCGUCGGCAAGCGCGAGAAGAUCUACUUCGCCGAGGUCGUCAAGAAGUACGACCGGCGCUUCAAGAUGUCCCGAAGAGAUCUGAUUCUCACCGGCAAGUAUUUGUACUUGAUCGGUCGCGAGCCAGUGAAGCGGGGACCGGAAAAGGGCAAGUCAACCGAGGUGAUCAAGAGGAAAUUAUCCUUCGAGCAAAUUAGUCACAUCUCGCUGAGCACGCUACAGGACAACUUCGUGGCGAUACACACGCGGGAGAGCUACGCCAGUCUGCUCGAGCUGGUUUUCAAAACGGAAUUCCUAUCGGUUUUCAACAAAAGAUACACGGAGGAGACGAGUCACGCCCUGAACAUCAAGUUCGCCAACAGUAUCGAAUUCAAGGUGAAGAAGGAAGGCUGGGGCGGCGGCGGCACGCGACAAGUCAAGUUCGUCCAAGCAGCUUACGGCGACGAGGAGAUGCUGAGCAGCAGCGGUAAGAUUCUCACGGUCAGCAUCGGUCCCGGUCUGCCCGCUACGUCCAAACCAGGUGUACGAGCGCCCUACGACGCCUCGCAAGCAACUCGGCCGGUCGAUCGGAGCCGACGGACCUGCGAGAACGUAGCCCAGGCGAACGCCAGCCAGCGCCAGGCCGCAGCGCCGAGCAACUGCGCCAGGCCGACUUUGCCAGCGAACCGGCCGGCGCUCGCUCAGCCACGAGCGCCGAACAAACUGCCACGGCAAGUCAUGCCGAUAAUGGGCAUGUUUACCAAUCCCGGCAACGCGCCGAAAGUGGGUUUGAUAAAGGCACCACCGCCACCGUCGGAGCCGGCGCCGCCGAAUCAACCGACCAUCCAUUCGGCUGGCUUCAGGCUACCACCUAUUGGCGUUGCAACGAAUGGCGUGACGCACAACAAUCGGCAGCAAAACGGCGCGCCAGCGCCGGCAGCUAACCCACGAAAGCCACAGCUACCGAGAUUGCCUAAAGUCAAAGCUCUCUACGACUACAAUCCGCAGGAUCUCGACGAGCUCGAGCUUAAAGAGGGAGACAUCGUUGAAGUUCUCAAAGAACAUGAUGGCGGUUGGUGGCAAGGAAGACACAAAGGCAAGAGUGGCUUAUUCCCGUCAAAUUACGUUGAGAAAAUCUAGCGCGAUGCUGCCGAACGAAGCGUCUUUUCUUUCCAAAGACAUCUAAGUUAUUAACUAAUUUUUUAAAGAACAAAGCUGCAUUUAAUAGAAAAGUUAGUAAACUCAUGGUAAGGGUGGCCUUGCAUAAAGACAUUUCCUUUUUAUCUUCAAAGGUUACCAAUUGAAACUAUUCUUUUUUUUUAUACUCUAAUUCUUAUAUGCUGUCACUUGAAAAUGAUUUAUGUACUAAAUAAAUAAAUACUCUUGAAUAGUCAUGUCUGUAUAUCGAAUGUCCAAAAAUUUUUGUUCUCUAUAUAUCGAUGAAAUUUAUUAUAAUAUAUAUUGAUAAUGCUAUCUUGGCUUGUAAUAUGUAAUGUAGAUUUUUGAACAAGAUUUCUGUUUAUAUACCGCUU